GGAUAAGCGGCAUGGCCUUGCUCCCGCUGUCUCUGCUGGCACUGCUGAGCUGGGGCUCGGCGUGUCACCACCGCCUCUGCCACUGCUCCAAUCGGGUCUUCCUCUGCCAGGACAGCAAGGUGACAGAGAUCCCUGCCGACCUCCCCCGGAACGCAGUGGAGCUCCACUUGGUUAUCACAAAACUCGAACGAGCUCAGAAUGUAGCUUUUUCGGGAUUUGGGGAUCUGAGAAAGAUAGAGAUCUCUCAGAACGAUGCCUUGGAAGUGAUAGAGGCAGACGUGUUCUCCAAUCUGCCCAACUUACACGAAAUUAGAAUUGAAAAAGCUAACAACCUGCUGUCCAUCAACCCUGAGGCCUUCCAGAACCUUCCCAACCUUCGAUACCUGUUGAUAUCCAACACAGGCAUUAAGCACUUGCCAGCUGUUCACAAGAUUCAAUCUCUUCAAAAGGUUUUGCUAGACAUUCAGGACAACAUAAACAUCCACACGGUUGAAGGAAACUCAUUCCUGGGGCUGAGUCUUGAAAGUGUGAUUCUGUGGCUGAAUAAGAAUGGGAUUCAAGAAGUACACAACUGUGCAUUCAACGGAACCCAGCUAGAUGAGCUGAACCUAAGUGAUAAUGGUAAUUUAGAAGAAUUGCCCAGUGGCGUUUUCCAGGGAGCUUCUGGGCCCAUCAUUCUAGAUAUUUCAAGAACAAGGAUCAAUUCUCUGCCCAACCACGGCUUAGAAAAUCUAAAGAAGUUGAGAGCCAGGUCAACUUACAACUUAAAAAAGCUUCCUAGUCUGGAAAAGUUUGUUGCCCUCAUGGAAGCCAGCCUCACCUACCCGAGCCACUGCUGUGCUUUUGCCAACUGGAGGCGGCAAAUCUCUGAACUUCAUCCAAUAUGCAACAAAUCUUUUUUAAGGCAAGAAGUCGAUGCUAUGACUCAGACUGGGGCCCAGAGAGGCCCUCCGGCAGAAGAUGAUGAACCUAGUUACGGUAUGGGCUCUGACCCGAUGUAUGGUGAAUUUGAUUAUGAUUUAUGCAAAGAAGUGGUUGGUGUGACCUGCUCCCCUGAACCAGAUGCAUUCAACCCAUGUGAAGAUAUAAUGGGGCACAACAUCCUCAGGGUCUUGAUAUGGUUCAUUAGCAUCCUGGCUGUCUCCGGGAACGUUGCUGUGCUGGUGGUCCUCACCACCAGCCAGUACAAACUCACAGUUCCCCGGUUCCUUAUGUGCAACCUAGCCUUUGCCGACCUUUGCAUUGGAAUCUACCUGUUGCUCAUAGCAUCGGUUGAUGUCCACACCAAAACCCAGUACCACAACUACGCCAUCGACUGGCAAACCGGGGCAGGCUGCACUGCUGCUGGCUUCUUCACUGUCUUUGCCAGUGAGCUCUCAGUCUACACUCUAACAGCCAUCACCCUGGAGAGGUGGCACACCAUCACCCACGCCAUGCAGCUGGACUGCAAGGUGCAGCUACGCCACGCGGCCAGCAUCAUGGUGAUGGGCUGGGUCUUCGCUUCCGCAGCCGCCCUUUUUCCCAUCUUCGGCAUCAGCAGCUACAUGAAGGUGAGCAUCUGCCUGCCCAUGGAUAUCGACAGCCCGCUGUCACAGCUGUAUGUCGUGUUCCUGCUCGUGCUCAAUGUUCUGGCCUUUGUGGUUAUCUGCGGCUGCUAUACACACAUCUACCUGACCGUGAGGAACCCCAACAUCGUGUCCUCCGCCAGCGACACCAGGAUUGCCAAGCGCAUGGCCACGCUCAUCUUCACCGACUUCCUCUGCAUGGCGCCCAUUUCCUUCUUUGCCAUUUCUGCCUCCCUCAAGGUGCCCCUCAUCACCGUGUCCAAGGCAAAGAUUCUGCUGGUCCUGUUCUACCCCAUCAACUCCUGUGCCAACCCUUUCCUCUACGCCAUCUUUACCAAAAACUUUCGCAGGGACUUCUUCAUUCUUCUCAGUAAGUUUGGCUGCUAUGAAGUGCAAGCCCAGAUUUACAGGACCGAAACCUCAUCCACUGCUCACAGCUCCCACCCAAGGAGUAGCCACUGCUCUCCAGCUUCCAGAGUCACCAGUGGCUCAAGUUACAUACUUGUCCCGCUAAGCCAUUUAGCUCAGAACUAAAACAUGAUGUCAAAGGUAUGUGCAUAUGAAUAGAAACUAAGCCUUUCCUUUAAAGACCGCCGCAGGACAGCCGUUCGGCGCACUUCAUGCCUCUGAGUCUUCCUGGCUACCUGUAAGGUAAAUCCUUCAGGGACCAUCAAUCUCAGGUGAUGCAUUAGGAAACUCAAUUUUAUUGUAAUAAUAAUAAU